UGGACAGCCCAAUUUUCAAAUAAUGACCUAAACCUUGAUUACCAGUGUUUUCACUGACUAAAUCCUUGGAUUAUAGAAAAGGUAUGCUCCCACCGAAUGAGUCACUGAAACUGACGGAUGAGGAUGUAGCAACAAUAAGGAAAUGUAGACAAAUGUCAUUUUGGAGAGGUAGUGUCCCAUUCACCAUUGGUGCUGUUAUAGCUGUUACUGCUGCUGAUAAAUAUGGAUGGUUUUUAAAGCGUAAGAUGCUUCGAUUGCCAGCUUACAUCCUUGGAGUUACGGUUGGUUAUUUUGCUGGGAAAAUUAGUUAUAUGGGAGAAUGUAAACGUAUGUUUCUUCAGCUCAACAACAGUCGCAUCAAAGAUCAAAUCCUUAGACUGGAUACUCCCGGAACAAUUCAACCUACUCCUGACUCACCUGUAAUUGUAAAUACACCUGUCGAGAAACAUCCACGUAUGAAUUAUGCACAACGCAGAGAGUAUUAUAAUCGACAACCAGAACAAUUUACAUCUCCACACCCCAGUUCCAAACCACCAAUGACACUUAAAGGAGAAGAUACAAUAUCUGACAAAACAAACUCAAAUUCAUCUUACUUCGAUAAAGAUAAACCACUUAGUUCAUUUUAUUAUGAUAAUGAUGACUAUCGACCUCGUGACGAAUAAGUUAGUAAUAUAAAGAGAGAUAUUUAUUUUGUGGUAAAUAUUGUUUAGUGAAUAGCAAUAUAUUUAGUUGUUUUUAUCUAACUCCUUCUAGAUUUUAUUUCUCAUUUAAAGAUGUCGUAUUAGAUAAUAGCAUAUAUACGGAUAGUAAUUC